AUGGAUAGAUUUCAAUAUACAGAAUUAGAGAAUACAGUACCUAUUGAAGUGGUCAUUGUAGAUCAAGAGAUAAUAAAGGAACUACAAUGCGGCAUUUGUCUACAGAUUAUAAAUAAACCUAGACAGUGUAAGAAUGGUCAUCUCUUUUGUAUGGAUUGCAUUCUACAGUCUCUAAAGAAGAUACAAGAGUGUCCAGAGUGUAGAUGUUCAUUGAACGUUGAGAAACUAUCAAGAUCUUUAUUUGUAGAGAGACAUCUUAGAACUUUAAGUGUAUUUUGUAAAUAUCAUUUUAAAUAUCAGAAAUCAGUUGGAUGGAUUGUAGAUGAACAGGGUUGCAAUGAGAUUAUAUCGUUGGAGAACUCUGCCAAACACGAGAAUAUAUGUGAGCACAGCUUUGAGUAUUGUAAAUUUAGUAAGGAGUGUGGUGUCAUACGAAGAAGAUUGAUGGAUGCUCACUAUGAAGAAUGUCCAUAUCGACCUGUACAAUGUCAACAUUGUAACGCUGAUUUCACGCAUAACGAGAUAACCAAUCAUUUAAAUGAAUGUGAUAUGAUUAAAAUAGAAUGUGAUAGAUGUAAUGCACCGAUGAUAAAGAAAGAAUUUGAAAAACAUAAACUGAACUUGUGUCCAAACUACCAUAUUCAAUGUCCAUUCUUUGAAUCUGGUUGUAAUGCAACUUUUGAUAGAAAAGAUCUUGAAUCACAUAUAGAGAAAUCAUUGUCACAUCAUCUUUUGUUGAUGAAAUCACAUUACACCGAUACAAUUACCAAUUUAAAGAAAGAGUUUUCAUUGUUACUUAAAGAUAAAGAUGACAAGAUAAAACAAUUGGAGAAAUCAAUGAAUGAGAAAAGUGAUUCAAGUAAGAAAGUUGAAUGGUGUGUAAAGAACUAUAGUAUUUUAAAGAAGAAAGGUUAUAUACAAUCGGAAAAGUUUACGAUCGGUGGAUUCCAGUGGUUCAUUGGAUUCUAUACGGACGGUGACUCUAACGAUAGCAAGGGUUACAUCAGUAUCUAUUUGUUUUUGGAUACCAAUCAGAUACCGAAGGGCAAGAGUCUGACACUCGAGUAUUAUUUAAAGUUUUUCAAUCAGCGCGAUCAGACACUGUCGGUCAAGAAAGACUUUAGAACGACGUUUCCAAUCAAAGGUGGUCAGGGCUGGGGUGAUAGAAAAGCAAUCAGAGCAUCGGUUCUCGAAAGCAAUGGUUUCAUCAAAGACGAUACUCUCCUGGUGAUGACCUCCAUUCUCAUUAAAAAGACAUGUUGGUCAAUUGAAGAAUCUGAUUCUUGA